AUGUUUGACCAAACGGGGCAGUUAUUGGUCUUGGAAAUUAUUGACAAUUUGGGCGGGUCCUCGGGAGAGGAAACAAAAUUACGCAUGUCGUUGAAACCAAAAAUCGAGGGCGCCACGGGUGUUUGCAACCAAUUUGCCCGAGGCGUCUUCGGCAUGCUGGGCGCCGUCAACCCGGAAUCGUUUGAUACGCUUCACUCGUACACUAAUACUUUUCAAAUACCAUUCGUUACCCCAUGGUUCCCCGAGAAGGUUAUUCCUCCAUCAUCCGGUUUAAUUGACCAUGCCGUGAGCAUGCGGCCCGACUACCACAAAGCAAUAGUUGACAUCAUAGUCCACUACGGAUGGACAGAAAUUAUAUAUGUGUACGACUCGCAUGACGGUAAGUCUCAAUGCCAACAUUAA